UAAGUAUCUGACAGACUGUCCAUCCUUAUAUAAAACUAGCUAACCGAAUGAAGGUCACCAGUAGGCAAACUGUGCGGGGAUAUUAAACAUGUUUCGAUUUAUAAUAUUAGUGGCAUCUUCUUUAUCGUUAGCAGCGGCUAUUCAGUUCACGGACUGCGCCACUGACAGGAGUAAUACAGCAUUGACAGUGCACCAGCUGGACUUUUCUCCGUCUCCAGUUACAUUUCCGGGAGAUCUUCACGUGACAUUGAAUUUAACAAUUAACCGACCGAUCAGUCUUCUGUUUGUGGACGUUGUGCUAGAGAAAAAUACACUCGGAAUAUGGUCAAAAGUACCAUGCGUUUCAAACAUAGGCACUUGUGACAAUAUUGAUGCCUGUACGAUCAUGGACAGAAUUCUAAAUGGAUCUUCGUUAGUAUCACAGGAUCUCGGACAGCAAGUUGAUGCAAUGCUGCUAUCAGCACUUGGACACAAAGCACACUGUCCCAUCCAGCCUGAGAAUCUAUUUAUAAAUGAUUAUACAAUCAAGCUUCAGGCAAUUCCGGGUGCACUUUCUUUAAUAUCUACAGGCAAGUACAGGGUCAAGAUAUCAGUGAAAGACGAUCCUACCAACCCGGACAACCUUGGCUGUAUGCAGUUCCAGGCAAAUAUAGGAGUUCCCACACCAGGGGUCGGCUAACCCGUAUUCUUUGCAACUGUAAAAGUGACAUUACAUGCAAAAAAUUACAGUUAUCAAAAAAAAGUUAGUCAAAGUCCAAAUUGUAUACUUUUCAGCAACCAGUUCUCCGUUGCAUUUUGAAAAUAUACAUUUUGCAAUAAAUUUUUAUGCAUGGAGAUUGAAAUAUCUGAAUAAGACACAGUGACGGAACUUUUUUUUGAAGAAAGUGUAAUUAAAAGUUUA